AUGAGCCUCGCCUCUCGAUUCGAGACCUACCGGCCCUCCGGCGAGUUCACCGAGCCGAUGAUUCUGGCCAAGCCCCAGAUGCACUACGGCAAAUACUUAUUGCCUCUCUUCGCCAACCCUUUUGUUGGCGUGCGGGCAAGCGCUUUUCAGUCGGCUGUGGACAUGAUCAGGGAGGACCCAAAGGCCGUCGACCAGAUCAUUGGAGCAUACGUCUCCGUACUGCUGUGCCAAGACCGCCUGAUCGCACGCCAUGCCCUUUCUUUCUUGCCUCAAUUCGCUGAGGUUUGCCCAGAACACUCCGACAUGCUAAUCGCUGCCGCUGUUGGCGCCGGUACCAACAAGUACGGCAAAGAUUUGCAGUCCGUCCUGCCCGACGCGAUGAAGAAGGUCGAGGAGCGCCGGAAGAAGAAUAUGACCUGCCAGGGAAAU